AUGAGGGAGAUGGAAGCAGCUGUCAAGGCAGAGAGGGAACUGCGGCAGCAACAGGAGGCUAGACUCAAAGCGGAGCUGGCCUCUCUUGAGCGAGAUCUCCAGGAGAGUAAAGAGAAGGAGAAACUUGUGGCCUCUCUGGAGAAGUGCCUCCAAGAGGGCAAAGAGAGAGAAAGGAGCCUGGUGGAGGAGGGUGCCAAGAGGGAGGCACAGUUCAAAGAGCUGCUCAGGAGCCUGGAAGCCGAGAAGGACAACCUGGAGGAGCGUCUGACGAACCAGCUGUCCCAGCUCAACGGCAGCAUCGCAGACUACCAGCAGGAGGCGGCGGACAACCGGAAGCACUUGGCCGAGCUGCAGCGGGAGGUGGAGCGGUUGGCGAGGGAGCGGGCCGAGUUGGAGGCUGAGGCACAGAGCGAGAGCAACCGAGAACGCCAGGCUGGAAGAGGACAUGAGGCAAACACAGAGAGAGAGCAGAAGCAGAGUCUGGUAAGCAGGAGGAGCUGCUGA